AUGCCAGCCAGUAACAACUCACUCAGAUACAAGCUAUCCUCCAAGUCUCUCAAGCACAAGAGCAGCAAUGGUCGCAUCUCAAAGCCUAAACAGACGCAACAGCGCAAGAAGCUCACCAUCUCCCUCACCAAUUCCCCCGCCUUGCCAAACCCGCUCAAAGAAUCUGAGUACUUUGAGGAUAUCUGCUAUUACAUGCAUCUCAUGGAGCUUGAAACCCUCGGUGACCUCUCCCUUAUCGAUUCACAGCCAGAACUCGACUGGAGAAUGAGGAGCUAUCUUAUCGACUUUCUCAUCGAAGUCCACGCCCACGCACGUCUACGUCCCGAAACUCUCUACCUCGCCGUAAACAUCAUCGACAGGUACGUCUCCAGGAGAGUCGUCUUGAAGAAGCACUACCAGCUCGUUGGCUGCGUCGCUCUCUGGAUCGCUGCAAAGUUCGAGGACGCCAAACACGCUAUACCCUGUCUAUCCGAUUUGGUUGUUAGCUGCUGUGGCAUUUACGACGAGUCUGCCUUUGUUCAGAUGGAAUCCCAUGUAUUGAGUACUCUUGGUUGGGUUUUAGGUCAUCCUACAGCAGAGUCAUGGCUGCGCAUUUUCACUCUCGCUAUCGGCACUGACGACAUGCAGACGCAGCAUGUAGCGCGUUGCGUGAUGGAGAUAUCGCUCUACAGGCGGGAGUUUAUUGAUAUUCCAUCGUCGUCGAUUGCCGCGGGGUCGCUUCUGCUAGCGCGGACGAUAGUUGGUAGGACGCGUAGAUGUGUUGAGGAGGACGAGCAAUCGCUGCACGUAGCUGAGCUUCUCGACGGUUUCCUUGGUCAGCAUCUUGACCAAUUGAGCGAUAUCAUCUCGGCCAAGUAUGCGCCGCAUUACUACAGCAGAGCAUCGCUUGUCGUGAAAGAGUGGUAUUUGGCCGGCAGGAGAUUCUACUUCUACGCACCAGCUCUAUCGCCCAGCUACGCUCACUCUACGCCCCCUCCUACCCCGCCAUUCGGCGUCGCGGGCGAUCUGCCCUACUCACCUGGCAGCAUGACUUCGGAUGAUGAAGCUCCCCUCACUCCUUACUCUCAGCCCGCUUCUAUUCCCUUCGUCGCUAAGGAGAAUAGAAUGGAAAUUAAACAGCCUCCCGAGCAAUUCACAUCACACAAUCACCAUAACCAUCCUCACGAGCAGUAUAAAUCACAUUCGUUUCCUAGCCUCGGUUUGAGCAAUAAGGCGGUGUGA